AUGAGCCAGCUUCUUACGACACGGCAAGCAGAGGAGCUCCACAAAUCCAUAAUCGCCUACCUGUCUUCCACAAAACUCUCCAGCAGCGCAGCCGCACUCAGGGAGGAGCUAGGCAUAGGGGACUCCUUUGACGAUGCUACGAGCAAGAAGUAUGAGGGUCUUCUGGAGAAGAAAUGGACAAGCGUGGUCAGACUACAGAAGAAGAUAAUGGACCUCGAGUCUCGCAACUCAAACCUCCAAUCCGAACUUGACAGUGCAACACCCACAUCCCUCUCCCGCCGAAACCAAGACCCAGCGUCCUGGCUUCCUCGCUCCCCUGCCAGGCAUACACUUCAAUCUCAUCGCUCCCCUGUCAACUGCGUUGCAUUCCACCCAAUCUUCUCCUCACUCGCCUCCGGCUCUGAAGACACGACCCUCAAGAUCUGGGACUGGGAGCUCGGCGAGCUCGAGCGCACAUUAAAAGGCCAUACAAAACCCGUUCUGAGUUGUGACUUUGGUGGUCCACGAGGCGGCACACUGCUCGCCUCUUGUUCUUCAGACCUCACAAUCAAACUCUGGGAUCCCUCAGACGAAUACAAGAAUAUCCGAACACUACCGGGCCACGACCACUCUGUGUCAGCAGUGCGCUUCGUACCCUCGGGAGCAGCAGGCUCUCCAGCCUCAGGCAACCUCCUUGUCUCCGCCUCCCGCGACAAAACGCUCCGUAUAUGGGACGUUAGCACAGGCUACUGUGUCAAAACGCUCCGCGGGCACGUCGAUUGGGUCCGAGAUGUAGCACCCAGCUUCGACGGACGAUGGCUGCUAUCGGCAGGCAAUGAUCAGACCGCAAGAUCAUGGGAUGCUAGCUCCGGCGAAGCCAAAGCCACAUUUCUAGGCCACGAGCACGUAAUUGAAUGCUGCAUCUUCGCUCCUGCUGCUUCCUAUCCACAUCUAGCGACCUUGGCAGGAUUGAAGAAGCCGCCACCACCUAGUAGCUCAGGCGAAUACCUCGCCACCGGCUCGCGAGACAAAAGCAUCAAGAUCUGGGACUCACGAGGCACUCUCAUCAAAACGCUCAUAGGCCACGACAACUGGGUCCGCGCACUCGUCUUCCAUCCCGGCGGCAAGUACCUUCUCAGCGUCAGCGACGACAAAACGAUACGAUGCUGGGAUCUGGCUCAAGAAGGCAAGUGUGUGAAGACGAUCGAUGAUGCGCACGGGCAUUUCGUGAGCUGUCUACGGUGGGCGCCGGGAGUAAUGAAAGGGCCCGUGGUGAACGGCUCUAACGGAGAUGCGGGAGGGAAGGGAAAAGAUGAUCCAGGCGGGCAGGAGACGAUCAGAUGUGUGAUGGCAACUGGGAGUGUCGAUUUGAACGUUAGGGUUUUCGCUAGCUGA